UCCGCUGUGCGCUCGAUGGUCCCCUCAUUCCAGCAGUCCAACGGGAAGAAGAGCCCAACAAGUACGCAGGAUGUAUUACAUGUGCAGGUCUUGACUUGGAGUAAGCUUCAGCCUGCUUGGUCUGUCCUCUCUGUUCUUGCAGGCACAUUGCACGUGGAGUCCCUGUGUGGCGUCAAGUUCUUCAACGAGAUGAGAGCCUUUCGGCUUGAGAAGAUGCUUGCGUCUCAACUGGCCCGCAUCGCUGCCCUGUACAGGUUCGACGGAUGGCUCGUCAGCGUUGCCUGCAAGCUGGACAGGUCCUGCGUGCCGGUGCUCAAGGAGUUCCUCUGCUUGGUGAAGGAACAGACGCAUAGUGCCGUUCCAGGCUCACUGGUCAUCUGGUACGACAGCGUGGUGCGAGACGGCAAGCUCGCCCAUCAGAACAGGCUCAACAGCAAGAACGUCGUCUUCUUCGAUCUGUGCGACGGCAUUUUUCUCAACUACGACUGGACUGAAGAAAUGCUGGAGAAGUCGGCGCGAUACGCACACUACCGCAAAAGCGACGUCUACGUUGGCAUCGAUGUGUUCGCCCGAGGCACCGACUAUCCCGGAGGAUUCGAAACGUACGCGGCCGUCGAGCAGGUUCGGAAGCAUGGCUUGUCAGCUGGUGUCUUUGCUGCUGGCUGGGUGUACGAGAUGCACGGGAAGGACAAUUUUGCGGAUAACCAGUGUCGGCUGUGGAAUUUUCCGGACCAGCUGUGCAACGAGUGGCGUUUGACGACAUUGCCACUAAAGACCGGUUUUUGCCAGGGAUUCGGCGAAAAGUUCUACAAGGAUGGCAGGAUUGCGUCGAGCAUCCCGUGGUACAACCUGGCCAAGCAGCAGCUCCAACCACGUGAUCAAGGCAUGGGUCUUUGCCUGGGCUGCGGCUCGGCUACCGUGGACACGACGACCGCGUACAACGGCGGGGGCUGCCUGCGCCUGCAGUUUGAGCCCAAGGAGGCGGGUGCUAGGCCUUAUUUCAGGUUGUUCGGCUGCGAGUUGCCGUUGGGCACCCUUUCAAUUACGUAUGUGUACCAGCCGGGCUGUGUCGACUCCGUCGAGCACGGCUUCUCCAUCGUGCUCGCGGUGCGCAGCAGGGAGGGCGAGAAGAGGACCAUCCGAUUGGGCCUCGCCGUCACCUCGCCUGACGAGGAGAGAUACGCGGUGGUGCGGGACUACGGGUACAGCCCCUUCGCCGACCAGGACAUGACCGGGUUCUACUGGUUUCCCAGGAAAUACACUGUGCGAGAUCUGAGCGGCAACGCAACACUGGAAGAGAUUGGGGCCGCUUUCGAGUCGUGCGCCGCCUACUCCUGCCUACUUGGCGAGCUCGUGGUCGAGCAAGCAGAUGGCGCCAGGGCUAGCAACGCGGAGGAGGACAGCGAUGAAGGCCUGGACAUGGCAAGCGAUGAAGACGACGGCAACGAACCAAGCGCGAAGUUGAUGCGCUUCUGAAGGCCAUCAACUAGAAGCGCGCGAGCUGGCAUGAAGGCGCAGCGCCAAAGUCUGUAGCUGGCAUCAUUUAUACAGCCCCCAUGGUUACCGGGCAAAGUGGGGUUGCGUUGUUUACAUGAUGCUAAUUAAAUUGUCUCUGCGUGAGAA